AGAGAGUAAUGAUAAAACUCCACUUUGAGCCUUCCUGUAAGCUCAGUCACAGAGAGAGAGAGCAACAUAAAAGAAGUAGAAGAUAGGGAUAGAGAGCGAGACAGUGUGGUGAAGCAAGCAACAGAGACCUACCACACACACAGACACAAACACAGUGCUCUCUGAGGUGAAACUGCACAUGAUUUUGUCACCCCAGAGCAGACGGACUGGGUUGAUGAAUGGACAGUAGUGAUUUAUGUACAGCUGGGUGUACUGGACAGAGGAGACCGUGUUGCUAAUACCCCUUAAAGUGUAUUUUACACCACUUUGAAGUUUUCUUUCUAGAGCUUCUGCUGCGGGGGACCAAUUGUAUACCCUUCAAGGAGAAAAUAAUACAAGGAGGACCAAAGGCUAAGAAAAUUGGACCAUCUCCAACUCUCCUUUUUAUUCUAUGGCGAGUCCUGUGGGAAACAUGUGUGAGGUGGACUGAGGGCUUGAAUGCCAAGCAGCAUUCUCUGAAGAAAAUACAAACUCUUAUGAGACUUCCACUGCACCCAACUAUCGGAAAACUAUGAGGAGGAUCCAUUGCUUAGUGUGAGCAAAAGAGCAAGGAAGAGGGGGAUAGAGAACUCUACCAUCCACUCCUAUCUAAGGCCCCCCCCCCCCCACACACACACACACAGAGCAGAAAGCAUGAAAAAUCCCACUAAUGGGUUUAUUUGCUGUCAGAUCUACGCCGAUUUGUCAUUCGCCUGGACCAUUUCACUUGACACAUUUCAUAGUUGAGUAAGCUGCUUGGCUUUGUGGCUAGAGUUAGCUGUGCUCCAGCUCCAGCAACACUCUGCUGCCAGGCUCAAAGCUCAUCGGGAAGAGAGCAGCAGGCAGCCAAAUCAGGAGUCCUUCAGCCCUCAUAGUCGUUGCAGUCCUCCAGUUUGCACUUUAAUCAUUUAAUCGUCCUUUCAUUUUUGUAAUCGGGCAAUAGCUUUAUUCUUUCCAAUCGUUGGACAGUUUGGACAGUCCAUUGGGCCAGUUGUCCAAAGAGGCUUCUUCACACGGUUCCAGGGAUAUUUGGGUUGAUUCAGUUUGUGUUUAAGAUGUGGUGUGGGCCACUGGUUGUGCUGGCUGCGGUGUUCUGGACCCAGUGUGUCCUGCUGGAAGGGGUGGAUGCCAAGAAGGAGAGGAAGAGGCCGAAGGAGACCCCACCACAGCACACAGAGGCGUACAACACUACUCUCUCCAACAGCGAAGAGGUGGGCGAGAGCACCAAGAUUCCUGACAACCAGAGAGUAGAUCCCCUGGGAUCAUGGAUGGACUUUGUGAAACGACCCGUAGACAACUUCCCUGGGAAAUGCCGCAAACGCAAAAGGCCACUGCCAGGACCACCAGGCCCUCCUGGUCCUCCAGGCCCCCAGGGGCCUCCUGGAUUCCCCGGGGCAGAGAUCCCCCAAGAGGUCCUCCUCCAGGAGUUCAAAGAUAUGAUAAAAGAAGCUACAGAGAGGAGAGCUGCUGCAGUGGACAAGCAGACUAGUACCAGUCCUAGUCAGAUACCCAUGGCCCUCAUUGCCCUGGAAGGAAUGACCUCUUACAGGAGGAUAGAGGAAGCCUUCCACUGUAAACUCAUAGGACCUGUGGUUGUCGACAAGAAGACACUGAUGGAGCUACAAAACUUUCAGACGCCUCCUGCUAAAGGUGCCUUCCUCAGAGGGACAGGAAUGGACCAAUCCACAGGACGAUUCACAGCUCCCGUUACAGGGAUCUACCAGCUCUCUGCUAAUGUUCAUAUUGACCACAACGAGGUAAAGAGGAGUAAGAGUCAGCUGAGAGCCAGGGAUAAUGUGCGAGUGCUGAUCUGCAUCGAAUCCCUGUGCCAUCGAUAUACGUCGUUAGAGAUGAUUGUUGGAUUGGAAAGUAACAGCAAGAUCUUCACAGUGUAUGUGCAAGGGUUGCUGGAGCUACAGAUUGGACAGUACACCUCCAUAUUUGUGGACAAUGGUGCUGGGGCAUCCAUCACAAUACAGAAUGGCUCUGACUUCAUGGGGAUGUUGCUGGGUGUAUAGCCUCACGUCCUGCCGUUGGGGCUGGGGGUAUUCCUUCCCUCUUCCCAUUGGACACCAGGGCCCUGGCCAUCCAAGGCAUCUGUCUUACCUGUAUCUGCUUGGAUUACUAACAGAUGCUAUCUGCCAAUCCACAUCCAUGGAGGAGAAAGCAAAAGGCAUGAGCAGCAUUUGUAGCCAUUGAACUUCUCUACUUGGGGUAUCCUGGAAGAACCGUUUUGAAAGCUAAAGGACUGUCUCUCCCCAGACACCAUGAAUGCAAGCACUCCUAUGGGCCAAGAAAGACACUUGUGCAUACCAACAGACAAUCCUAAUAGAAGACUUCACAUAUUCAAAUCACUCAAUGAACAUUUUGAAUUUGAGAAAGAAAAGAAGAAAAAAUCACAUACGUAUUUUUAAUACAGUAAUAGCCUGAUAGGAAAUAUGCUAUAAUGAAUAUCAUUCAUGAAAUUGAAUGGUUUUUAUUAAUCUCUUUAAUGGAAUGGCAGUAGCUAAGAAAGUACAGUGCAUAGACUCUGUGAGUGUGUAUAAACACUGGAUGAUGCAAAGAUGCUCAGUAUGCAUUGUAUGGUUGCCCCAACUUCUCAGCUAGGGUUGAAGAAAUUCAGAAGCAUUUAGGAAAAUCCAACCAGUAGUUUUUGAAAAAAAGGGAAUUUUGGGAAAGUUACCGGAAUUUUGCAACCCUAUUCUCAGCAAAGUGACCUCUACUGUAUGUUCUAUCUAGGGGGACUUUGUACGUCUCAUGUGGAGUCUACAGCCCACUGAACAAAAUAGAGGAAACAUUGGCCUCUGUUUGGAACCAUUUUGUGGGAUUCAAACCCAAACUAAGGAAUGUGGUUAGAGCAUUGAAAUGAAAUGCAAGUAUGUUGGCCAUUCUGUUUCAUACCGCUGUACAGUGCCUUCAGAAAGUAUGACUUAUUUUGCAUUUUGUUACAGCCUGAAUUCAAAAUGGAUUAAAUACAUUUUUUUUCUACACACAAUACCCAAUAAUUACAUGUUUUCAGAAUUGUUUGCUAAUUUAUUGAAAAUGAAAUACAGAAAUAUCUGUCAAGCUCUGUCAAGUUGAUUGUUGAUCAUUGCUAGACAGCCCAUGUUCAAGUCUUAUCAUUGGUUUUCAAGCCAAUUUAAGUCAGAACUGUAACUAGGCCACUCAGGAACAUUCAAUGUCGUCUUGUUAAAUAACUCCAGUGUACUGUACAUUUGGCCUUGUGUUUUAGGUUAUUGUCCUUCUGAAAGGUGAAUUUAUCUCCCAGUGUCUGUUGGAAUGCAGACUGAACCAAGUUUUCCUCUAGGAUUUUGUCUGUGCUUAGCUCUAUUCAGUUUAUUUUUAUCCUAAAAACUCCCUAGUCCUUGCCGAUGACAAGCAUACCCAUAACAUGAUGCAGCCACAACCAUGCUUGAAAAUAUGAAGAGGGGUACUCAGUGAUGUGUUGUGUUGGAUUUGCCCCAAACAUAACGCUUUGAUUUCAGGAAAUAAAGUAAAUUUCUUUUACAAUUAUUUUGCAGUUUUACUUUAGUGUUUUGUUGCAAACAGGAUGCAUGUUUUGGAAUAUUUGUAUUCUGUACAAGCUUCCUUCUAUUCACUGUCAUUUAGGUUUGUAUUGUGGAGUAACUACAGUGUUGUUGAUCCAUCUCCCGUUUUCUCCUCUCACAUCCAUUUAACUCUAACUGUUUUAAAGUCACCAUUGGCCUCAUAGUGACAUCCCUGAGCGGUUUCCUUCCUCUCCAUCAACUGAGUUAGGAAAGACACCUGUAUAUUUGCAGUGACUGGGUGUAUUGAUAGACCAUCAAAAGUGUUAUUCAUAACUUCACCAUUCUCAAAGGGAUAUUCAAUGUCUGCUUUUUCAUGUUUCUAUCUACCAAUAAGUGCCCUUCUUUGCAAGGCAUUGGAAAAUCGCUCUCAUCGUUGUUUAAAAUUCACUGCUCGACUGAGGUACCUUGCAGAUAAUUGUAUGUGUGGGGUACAGAAAUUAGGUAAUCAUUCAAAAAUCAUGUUAAACACUAUUAUUGAGUCCAUGCAGCUUAUUAUGGGACUUGUUAAGCAAAUGUAUAGUCCUGAAUUUAGGCUUGCCAUAACAAGGGGGUUCAAUACUUAUUGACUCAAGACUUUUCAGCUUUUUAUUUUGAAUUAAUUUGUAAACAUUUCUAAAAACACAAUUCCACGUUGACAUUAUGGGGUAUUGUGUAUAGGCCAGUAAAACAAUCUCAGUUGAAUACAUUUUAAAUUCCGGCUGUAAUACAACAAAAUCUGGAAAAAGUAAAUGGGUGUGAAUACUUCUGAAGGCACAGUAUUUAAUAUACCGUGUUUCCACGUAACGCUUAUGCCAAAUUAUAUAACUACCGUGAUCAAGCAGAAUAAAUGUUGCCUACUGUUUUAUAAAAUGGCAGUUUCAUCAAAAGAGACUGACCAUGUUAUCUUAUUCAAUUAGAAAAUAAUCACAUUUUUGUGGUGUGUAUAUCUUUACGUUUUUUUUGCCAUAUACUGUAGUUGAUGAAGUUGUCUUUAAACGAUGAUAAUAUUUCAUUAAUACACAUUGUUAAGAGUUGAAUUUGAACAUACAUAGAGUGUACGUUCAAAUGUAUCUACACAUGUAAUGAAAAAUGGACAUGAAUAUCUUUUAUCACCGUAGGGAUCAAUUUACAGUUUCAAGUCUACCACAGAUUGGAUUAUCAUUAUGUUUUAUACUGAUUUGCUUUUUAAUAGCUAAUAUGAUCCAAAUGAAACUAAGGUAAAAUAUGAUGUUAUUUCUGUA